UUUAUGACAGCUACGAGUCCCUGGGCACCGAGCCUUGUACCAUCCGCUGAGCCCUCUGCUCGCCAUUAAAUAAAUUUACCAGCACUCAGCAGCAAUCCUUUUUAGUACAUAUCCCAUCCAUAAAUCAACAAAAAUCCAACCUUUUCUAUUUGAAAGAGGUGCUCAUGUACAGCCUCUUGGAUUGCUCCCAAAGCACUUUCUAGUUUCUUCCCCAGAGAGAGAGAGAGAGAGAGAGAGGAGUUGGCGGUGGUUGGCCAUGAGGAGAAAAGAGUGGAUCAUCCAUGGCCUUUUGAUCUUGGAAUGCUGCAUGGCCUGUGCACUGGGGGCAUCAGUCCAGCAGAAGGCUGAGUCUGUCACACCAAUCUCAACCUUCUCUCCACCGGAGGGCAACACGACAUUCGUCGAUGGCACCACAUGGUGUGUGGCCCGGCCGGGAGUCUCCCAGGAGGACCUUCAGAAUGCACUCGAUUGGGCCUGUGGACUGGGUGCAGCCGAUUGCUCUGCGGUCCAACCCGAUGGCCCCUGCUACCAACCCGACACUCUGCUCUCCCACGCGUCCUAUGCCUUCAACAGCUACUACCAGCAGAAUGGCAACUCCGACAUUGCCUGCAACUUUGGUGGCACUGCAACCAUCACUUCUAGCAAUCCGAGUUAUGAAUCCUGCGUGUAUCUUACUUCAGAGCCUGCAUCUGCUUCAUCGCCGCCGCUCGCAGGGAGUUUUACAUGGAAGGGUUUGGUAAUCUCGAUUUUCUUGUGCUUAAUUGCCGGCAAUUGAUGAUGCAUCAUUGGAGGGGAUGCGGGAUCAGCGUACAUCGCGGAUGGCAGAAUUCAUCUGUUUUGAUGGACCUGUUCUUGAUGGAUGGUGGUGGUAAUUGUUUAUAAUUUAUAUAAAAUUUUUGAGGUUUUAUGAGGUUUAUAUAUAUAUAUAUAUAUGUAGGAUUGAUAUAGCAUGCUAUAAUUGUUUUAGCACCUCCUGGUAUAUCAUGUAUCAUGAAUGCUGGAAAUGCAAAAGACAAUUGGCAA